GUGAAAAACCCUCCUCCACACUUAUGAAGUAGGCAAGCUAGUUUCGGAGUCAAAUAUAUCCUAUAUUUUUAUUUGAUUGGGCCUAUGCAUCGGCUUGUAAUCAGAUAUCACUAAAUCAUUCAUUGUAAGAAAUCCCGUUUACUAUUUGGCUUUUAAGUAAAUUAUAUUGCAAAUAGGCCACUUCACGAAGGAGGACUAGGCGGGUGCGACGAGGGAUCGAGGGACGCCGCCAUAUUUGCUCUUAGCUAGUGCACUACGAGAUACGGGCUUUGUUUCGAGUACCCUUGAUUUUAGUACCCUCGUAUUUGUUAAUGAUGGACGCGAUGGAUAAAAGACCUUUUGGUUCAGAAUAUAACUAUAAAAUGUCGGAAAAUGACAUAUCCCGGUUGAUAAAAUUGCGUGCGACGAAUGACGCCAUCUUCACUGGGAAGAGAAAUUCUGCCAUGCCUGCCUGGAGAGCAAUGUUAGUGGAGUUGGGUCUCGAAGGAAAGCUUACAACUGGGCAAUUGAAAAAAAAGUGGGAGAACCUUAAAAAGAAAUAUAAGGAUUUUAAGUACCCGCCCCUUGGCAUGGAGAAAGUCAAUCCGAUGUCCUGGCGUUGGUUCCACCUGAUGGACGAUGCCAUUGAAGGCCGUCUGGCUGGGUCUGCCCGUAUCCUAAAUCCAUCACUGUUUGAUUUUGGGGAUGUUGGAGAUGUUUCCUUUGCAUCCUCUCCCACGACCAGUCCAAUAGCCAACAAGAGACUAUGUAUGAGGCCAGAAGGGGGUGAAGGUACAAACAUCUUUGAAUUCUGGGCCAAGGCACAGCUAGGGGAGAGUGUUGGGGCUGCGAGCACAGUAUCCGAUGGACAGGUGGCGUACACAGACGCAGCCACAGAGGAGAUCCGGAGGGCCGCGGUGGAGUGUGAGAGGGCCCUGCGAGAAGAGGGCCGAGGCGCGUCUCAGAAUGAUAGGGCUGCACCUGACAAGAUGCCAGUGGGAGGGUAUGGGAGGGCCAUGGCUGAGGACGUGGAGGCCAUAGCUGAAGAUGGAAGAGCCAUGUUGGUGAGAAACCCCGGCAGAAACAUUGAGAGGGAGACCGCUGAACUAGAGCGACAGAUAGCAGAGUUGGAGAAGGAGCGGGAGGUGUUAGAGAGGGAGCAGGCAGACUUCGACAGGGAGAGGUUGAUACUGGACAGAGAGAGGGAUGUGGUGAACAGAGAGAGGACGGCUGUUGAGCGAGGCAGAGCGUCCCUGGACAAGGACAGAGCAGCCAUGGACAGGGAGAGAGCGGCGAUGGAACGGGAGCGAGCCAUACUGGACAGGGAUAGGGCGUCAAUCGAGAGAGAGAGGGCGGAGCUGCAGAAAGAGAAGGAAGCCCUAAUGAAAAGCAAGAUUUCCCGGAACAAUGGCUCUACUGAUGUGGAACUGGACUCAUCCACUAUAGAGAAGAAAGAAAGACUUCUUUCCAUAUUUGAAAGACUUGUUGAUAAACUGUGAAAAUGAUUCAUAACUAAAAGGUUUCUAGGUAAAGGAUGUACUUUAGGGUAUACAGUGCUCGCAAAACAUACAAACAUGUUUAUGUCACCACGCACCUAAGCAUUUCUUUAAAAAGUUCAUAAGGUUAGCUAAUGAUGGGUCUCAGAUGUCCAUUGCAGGUUCCAGGGGCCUCAUUUAUCAAGGAGUGUGCACAUGUAAAAAGACUAAAUCUUGCAUGCGCCAAGUUGAUAUUUAUACUUUCUUUUUGGAAGAAAAGGGUGUAUGUCCGUGCAAAUCUUAGUUCAUGCAUACACACAACAUCUUAUGGUUGAUUAACUGUAUUGUAAUCAAGUGUUAGUUAGGAGGAAACUGAGAUGAUGCUGGAAAUUAUAAUAAUAGUAGACUGAUAAACAUUAAAACCCGCUGUUGAUAACGAGACCACAUAACUGUAACUAUCUAUGUUUUGGCCUAAACCAUAAUGAUAUUACAGGAAGUCUUUCAUUUUCUGACAAAGGUUUUAUUCCUACUACAUAACAAAAAUUAGACUCCCUUUCACCUUUGUUCAUUUAACAGCCUAUUAUGCUUGAAAGAAUAUAUACAGGUAGCCAUUUUACAAUAUUUGACAGUUUAGGAAGGAACUGCUGUGCAAUGGUUACACAAUGUCAUCACAUUCCCAUCUGAGCCUUUAAGCGGUGGAAAUUGGCCUACUGAUUAAAAUAAGGAACAACACUGUUUUGCUGGACAUGCAUCCAGUGUUGGGCAAAUUCUGUUUGAAAAAGGCACUGCCAAAGACUAACACAUUCGGUUGCAUGUGACCGUUUCAGAAAUCCUAGUAAUGAGUCAUGCAAGCAAACCCUGGAAGCUCAGAACAUGCCAGAAUGUAGUAAGAACCAUAGACACGGUGGAUACGUGAGGCCCUGGGAGUGCCAAGUCAUUCGCUGGUGCUGGCUGUAAUGAGCCUUGUAAUAAGCAUUGAGUGUGUUUUUGUUUGGGGUUCGCUGCUGGAAAUAAAAGCCGCUCCGAUGUUG